UCAGUUGCACCGUGCCGUUGUGCGCUCCAUUGCACAAUCACAACGGAAUCCUUUUACAGAACGCAAAUGGUGAUCGUUUUCCCAUCGGUGUUGUUCGGUCCGUUCGGUCCAGCCACUCCAGCCCAUUUGCCGGCGUAGCGCCAAUUAACCUUGAGCCGUAUCUUCCCACCAAGUGCCCCGGGGCCUAGGCCGUACUCCCAUGUCCAAAGCGGGGGUUAGUUAAAACAGUUUUAUUAAACCACCGCUCCCCGGUGCUGGAUAAUGGACGAUCGGAUUGUUGAGGUCGGUCGGUCGGUCGGUCGCGUUUGGUUGCAGAUCGUUGAUUUCAUUGCGAGCUUUGGCGGUGGUUUGAAGUGGCCGGAUCUCAUCCGUAGAAUCUCAUCCGGGAGCUGUUACAUUCGUUGGGAAAAGAUGCGUUACGGAAGAUUAAUAGGCCGUACGACUGUGGUGGCGAUCAUCUUGGUGGUGACGAGCGACGCAGCUAGCCGCGAAGAACCGAAAACGUUUCCUGGUGCUUCGGUUGUGUUACCGGCCGUUCUGCCAAUUCUUGGCACGAUCAUACCAUCCCUUUUGCCGGGCGUAGGUCCCCCGGUACCGGGAGCGCUCCCAGGAGUCUCCGUGUCUCACUCGACGUCUAUCGCCACGUCCGUACACAACCGACCGAUCGCUAUAAGCCACAGUGGAUCGGUUUCGACGAACGGAAACACGGACGCUGGUUCUGCGGCUUCUGCCGGAUCGACGCACCACGGUUCUGUGGCUGCCGAAAGCAGCUCGAGAACGACGAACCGGAAAACUGGAUUCGCGAAAUCUCCGCCGUUGAGCAAGCGGUGGAGCAAGUUUUUCAAAAAGCUCGGCUAAACCGUCCUAGCUGGAUUCGAAGGGAUGUAGGAGGAAGAAAUAAAUAAAUCCCACUUCGUUUUUGGUUUUUGGAGGCACGGAGACGUGGGACCGAUAAUUUGACAACAAAUCAAUGCUGACUUAAGUUUAUCGUUAAUUAUAAACCCCGGUAAAUGGGGCUAUUUUUAGGUGGGUUGGAUUCACACGAAGAAUAUGAUGUCUCUCUCAUCGUUUCUGUUUAUGCACCAAAUUGACCAUUGUUUAGCAUUGGGGAGGGAAAUCCCACCUUUCAAACGGUAGAACCGGUGUACACCGUCUCAUGAACUUCGCAGGAACUGUGUGGAUGGGGGUCCCACAUCCGGGAGCUCGUGUUUUUUAGUGCACUGUUCCUCUCCUGAAUCGCUCAAAAUGAAGUAUUCUUGAGCGUAAUAUUCCUUCCCAUACUCAUAUUACCCUGCUGAUGGCGUCUAAAAGCCGGUAAAUGUGCGUCGAGAAGCUCAAUGCCACACGCCGCACAACAGCUAAAACCCUUCGGAAGGUGAAUGACUGGGACCGGGAGGCUUUGUUGUUGUUUUUAAAAAGCCCGGUGUGUCCUUCGCCCUUAAACGCGUCUAUGGUCGUGCCGCACGCGAAUGAAUUCUCAAUGUCAAAGGUGGAGUAGUUGGUAGCUGUAGUGACGAUGGGACAUAUUUGAGGAUCGCUCACCGAAAUCCUACUCGCCUGCUGCUUUCACUAAUUUGCGUAAAAUAGGAAAGGAAUACUCUUACCCGUUUACUGAUGUUAACAGGGGGGUUGUGUUUCGCGAGCCCAUAUCGAGAAACGUACUCCGGCCCAGUUUGCUGCAGAACUCUGAACGAUUGUGCAGAAAGAGACGUGAGUAGCCACACAGACGGAGGUGCCUCAUGCUACACACGCCCAAACCGGCGAACCGGUUUCCGAUACGGUCAUA